AUGACGGAGAAAGAGAAACAGAAAGUCGUAGCAGAGACUGAGGAGCUGCCGAAGACAAUCGUGCGCAGGCUGGUGAAGGAUAAGCUUUCUCAGCUGUCCAAAGAAGGCGACGUCUCUGUUUUACGUGAGGCUCUUCAGGCCUUCUCCGAGAGCUCUCGUAUCUUCAUACACUACCUCUCCGCUACGGCAAAUGACAUAUGCAAGGAGUCCAAGAGACAAACAAUCAAUGCUGAGGAUGUAUUUAAAGCUCUCGAAGAGAUUGAGUUUUCUGAGUUUGUUGGGCCUCUAAGAUCUUCUCUUGAAGAGUUCAGGCGAAAGAAUGCUGGAAGGAGGUCAGGAUCAUCAAAGGCAAAAGAAGCCAAAAAAAACAGUAAACAGAAAGACACAAGCAUGGAAAAUGGGAGUGAAAGCAACCAAAAUGAGGAUGAAAGCAAUGAAGUUCGGGAUGAUGCUCCUGAUAAUGACUGA